AUGACCGUACAAAUUCUCCAAGGCCCCGGGAAGUGGUCCCUGCAAUCAUCUAGCAUUCGUGACCUGAUGUCGCCAGACGGACUUCCAAUUCACAUCCCUGAGAGAUAUCUCCCGGCGUCCGCCACCGCUGAUAGCUCGGACCUUCCCAGGCGCCAAGGAAAGCGCAGGCUACUCCUAGUUUACAUCCAUGGUUUCUUGGGGUCGGAGGACAGUUUUUAUCAGUUUCCGAGAAAAGUCCAUGACCAACUGACGGUCUCGCUGGCCGGGACCCAUGUUGUGUACACCAAAAUAUACCCGCGCUACAAGACCCGGAGACCUUUAUACGAGGCUCGAGAUGAUAUCAGCCAGUGGUUAUCUCCGCACGAGGCAUCGGACUUGGAUGUCAUACUCCUCGGCCACAGCCUAGGGGGUCUUAUCGCUGCAGAGGUUGCCCUCAUGACGUCUCACACUGCCUCUGGUCAGAGUGAAGGCAAACAGCUGAAACAUAACAUCGCUGGCCUGGUAGCCUUUGAUGCACCAUUCCUUGGACUUCAUCCACGCGUUGUUGGAACGGGAAUGGCCAGGUUAUUUCAUCGCAAAGCAGAUAGAAGCAGUGGAGGCGAAGGUCAGGAAAACGCCAUACGCGACAUAAUCGACAGCGAGGACGCAACAUUCAACCCGGCCUUGACCAACGACGUGAAUAAGCCUCGGUGGCAAGGUUGGGAAGGAGCGCGCCAUUUCUUUGACAAGAAUUCCCGCCAUUUAUCCCGCUCGGCUCUCCAGUACGUAUUCUCAUACUAUGACCAUGCCGGAUGCCUGAACGAUUACUUUGGUCUCGUAAGACGACACAAGAGACUGUGUCGCUUGGGCGAAUUUCCUGGUUCUAGUUCGAGCGGCGGGCGGCUCCGCUUCGUCAACUAUUACACGACUGCCUACCCUGUCAAGAACAAGUUGGACAGAGACAUGGACAGAGAAAAGAUACCCUGGUAUGAAAAACAGCUUAAGUGUCGCGAGUCUAUGGAACUACAUGAGGACCUCACAGAGCGUCGACAUUCUACAUCGGCGAUACCCGGUUGGCGAAAGACGGGAACUGACACCAACUCCUUUCACUCGGUGGGAAAUCAAAACACAGAUGAGCGUGGAAGCAGACGCCAUGAUUCAAGUUCUGGUUCCAGAUCAGGGGGCCGACACUUCUGUUUUGUUUCGGAUGAAGCCUGCAAAAAGCAGCUGUGGGUUCCGCUUUCCAUGGAAGGCAUGGAUGAAAUCACUGCCCAUCAGUCCAUGUUCCUUCCUCUUGGAAUAUACUACGAGCAGCUAGUUGCAGAUAUCGCGGCACGAAUCAAAGACUGGCUAGUAUGA